AUGGCACCCCCAGAAGCCUCUACGCCGGCUGGCAAAAUGGACCUCAAGGCCUCAAGUAAUGAAGUUGGUGGGGGCAGUCUGCGGUGGGUUUUAAUAAGUUGCCAGGCUGUUGUGUAUAAGUUAACAAAUCUUGGGACAAGCUCUGGACUGGGUCUCAGGCUCUCAGCCACUCUCCCCUCCACCACCACUAUGGGUUGCUGUGUUAGCUCCACCAAAUCUCAUCCCCAUUUCCCUCGAUCUCCCUCGCCCACCCAUGAGGAAGAAACUGUUAAGGAAGUUCUUUCUGAAACACCAAUUGCCAAGCCGCUUUCUCCCUUGAUGAUUUUCCAAGAAAAGGUGGAAGUUGAGGCUAUGGUCACCACUGCCCAAGAGGUCUGUCAAGUGUCCGAGGUCUGUAGUGAGGGCUUCUCCACGAGGUCCUUUAAGGAGAAGAACGAAAAUGAGGUCAAUAGCCACGACGACGACGGCGAGGUGACCCAGAUGGUUGGGAGGUGUCCGCCCAAGGCUCGGAGGAGGCGGCCGUGCCCCGGCGAUAUGAGCGUGGGGAAGGACAGGGGCGGGUGGGGUCCUCCGAGGAGGUCCGAGCCCCUGCCUGAGGGUCUCAACCGGGUUCCGUCCAGGACGGUGAGGGCAUCAGCGGCGUGUCGGAGAAAUGGGGGGCUCCCAGGGGUGGGGGAAUCUGGCAGGCGGUCCAGGACCUCGGCGCCAGUUUCGGAGGUUGGAGCAGCCCGUUCCGGUCGCGGAAAGAGCCCCCCGUCGAUGACCACCGGCAUGUACAGUAACCGACCACCGGCGGCCACUGCUGAGAAAGGCUGCGCAUUCGAGAAGUCCAACGCCGGCGAUUCGCCAACUGGAAACGAAACACUUGAAAACCCUCUUGUCUCCUUGGAGUGCUUCAUCUUUCUGUAG